UUGGUGGCUACGUGUUUUGUUGAAGCGAUACGGACCGAUUACUUUCCUGCAUGUUUGCACAGCUGGAUCUCGUUAGGAGUUUCAAACAACCAAGAAAAGGACACUUUCCAUAGAAAACCAUGCGGUUUCUUGAUUCGUUACGAAGAUUAGAUGCGUACCCUAAGAUAGACAAUGAAUUUAGCAUACGCACAGUUUGUGGAGCGGCACUGACGCUGAUUAGCACGAUUGUAAUAGUUACCCUAGUGAUAGGCGAAAUCAAUGCCUACCUCUCACCCAACAUUUCGGAAGAAUUGUUCGUGGAUACGACACGGGGCCACAAGCUUAAAAUCAACCUAGAUUUUACCAUUCCGAGAAUAUCGUGCGAUUAUGUUUCGCUGGAUGCGCAAGAUUCAACGGGGGAGCAACAUUUGCACAUUGAGCAUAACAUCUACAAACGGAGACUAGAUCUGCAGGGCAAUCAAAUAGAAGAACCCAAAAAGGAGGACAUUCAGGCAUCGACGAAACGCAUAUCCAGCACUGAAUCACCUGCGACAACCACGCUUAAACCCGCUUGUGGAAGUUGUUAUGGCGCUGCUAAAAAUGCUUCCCAAUGCUGCAACACGUGUCAGGAAGUAAUUGAUGCGUAUCGUGAGCGAAAGUGGAACCCAAAUGUGGAGGAUUUUGAGCAAUGUAAGAACAGCAACGAUGGCAGCGUCGAAGGGAAGGCGUUCAGUGAGGGAUGUCACAUUUAUGGAACGAUGGAAGUAAAUCGGGUCGAGGGACGGUUCCACAUAGCGCCGGGGAAAAGCUUUUCCAUCAACCAUAUUCACGUGCACGAUGUACAACCGUACUCGUCGGCCCGGUUCAACACCACGCACAGAAUUAACACGCUCUCGUUCGGAGAACAGUUCGAGUUCGGAACGACACGUCCACUCGACGGACUGAUGGUGGAAGCGACCGAAGGCGCAAUGAUGUUUCAGUACUACAUAAAGAUAGUUCCCACAAUGUUUGUCCCGCUGAAGGGACCGACCGUAUAUACCAACCAAUUCUCCGUAACCAAGCACCAGAAAAGUGUCACGGCCAUGAGCGGUGAAACGGGAAUGCCUGGUAUUUUCGUCAACUAUGAACUAUCACCGCUGAUGGUCAAGUUCACCGAGAAACGAAACUCGCUCGGUCAUUUCGCUACCAACGUAUGUGCAAUUAUUGGCGGCAUCUUUACGGUGGCCGGCAUUAUCGAUUCGUUGCUAUUCACCUCGAUACACGUGAUCAAACGGAAGAUUGAACUUGGAAAGGCGAGCUAA